AUGGCGCUCAGGUCUCGUGGCAUCAUCACUUUGAUGGUGUUCGCAGGCUUGUUAGCUUGCGUGGCGGCGUCUUACCUCGACUUGUCAACAAUUCCGCAUGUCGAAACAUCGACCUUUAUGCAAGAACACUACCGCUACGCAACGACACCAACGCAAAUGUUUCCUCCACACUUGCUAGCCGAGGUUUCAAAGAUUAACUAUCUCCGUCUGCAAGCGAAGAGCAAGAAGGAAAUUACGGAGGAUCAUCUCUUGGACGAAGCGUACAACAUACUAGAGAGCAUCGAAGCAUUUUCCCCGGAGGAGUCCACGCAAUCCAAGUUCUCGUCAAAAGAAGAUUGGAUACGCAUCGCAAUUCUCUACAGAUCUGCGACAGCACUUUAUUGUAUUCUCUCUUUACAGAGCGUAUCAGUGUUUCCCGAGAAUUCGGCGUUGAGGGCUACCUGUGUCACCCAUGGUCAGGUUCUGCUGCAUCACCUCCCCGAAGGCCUGUCAUCCGCCAGAACCAAGAGAUUCAUGUUGUGGCCAUUGGUACUGCUCGGUGUGGAGGCGGUCCACAGUGGUAUGGCGACUCGUGACUUUGUCUCGAAGCAGCUACCAGAGCUGAGCCGGUCUGUCGGCACAUCCAUACCCCUAACAGCCCAAAGUGUGCUUCAAUCGUUUUGGGCAUCCGGUCUCAACCGUUGGGAUACCUGCUUUGACAGACCGUAUCCAUUCACGAUGCAGAUUGCAGUGGACGUUAGCAGAGUAUCUGCACCUUGA